AUGCCCUCCGCCCGAGUCAUCGUACUGCCCACCUGCUCGAUCUGCCAGGAUGACGAGGGGGGGAUGGAUGUCGUCGCCACGAACUGUGGACAUGUCUUCCAUCGGGGCUGCAUCCGCACCUGGGACGAGGGCCAGCUGUCGCGCAGACAUUCCACCAAGUGUCCGAGCUGUAACGUCAGCCUCAGAAGAUCGGGCUCGUCCCUCACCGUGGAAGCAAAGCUCAUCACCCUCCACUCGCUCAACGAACGCGAGAUCGACGACCAAGGCUCCUCCCAACUCAUCACUGAUCCCGCCUCAGACCCACGCCUGGCACGAUCCCGGGAAGAAAUCGCCUCGCUCAAGCGCACCCUCCAGGAACGCGAAGCAACGAUCCAGCAGCUCACGCGCGAACCGGCCGCGCUCAGAGCGGAGAGGGAUACCUUGAACAGCACCCUACAGGCGUCGAAUGAAACCAGACAAGCACUCGAAGACCGCCUCCUUAAAUGUUCCAGGGACCUCAGGAUCGAGCGCAAGGAGCGCAACGAUGAACGGCUUGCUCGCUGCCAAGAUGAGAAGCGCGUCAAAUCUGAAUUGGAUAAGGUGAACGAAAAAUACCGGAUUCUCAAGAGCGAGGGAGAACAACUUCAAGAACAAUAUCUGAAAAAAGUCAGUGAAACUGAAGAGUUACAAUCCUUCGUCUCUGAAUUCGCACAAGAGAAAGCGAGAUUCCAGGCGACCGAAGCUGCUCUGAAAGCUCAAUUGCAAGACAGUCACGAGAAAUUCAAGAGCUUGAAAGCUGCUAAUUCGGUUUACAAGGGAAAAUUGGAGGAAGUGAAGAAGAAACGGAACAUGAUCGAAGAUCGAGCAGGACAAUCGAUGGCCAGCUCGGUUCGCCGGUGCGGGAAAUUUUAUCCGGACGUCUCCAAGUCGACGAUCCAGCUCCCCGCAGGUCUAUCGCCGAGCCGACCGGGGAAUACGGCGACGACACACCAGUCGGGCAAGCGCGCCGCCCGAGAGAGUGCCCAUGGCCAGCCGGCCGAGUCGAGCAAGAGGAUCUGCUGGACGAACAAGACGGCCAAGGACCCAUUGCCCAUCGACCUCCGGUCCUCCCUCGAGCCUGAAGACAGCUGCCAUCCUCCCUCCUCCUCGCAUCGCCAGUCUUCCCCUGCUGCCGAUCAUCUCGCCGCCGAUCAUGAUCUCGUCUUGCCCUCCCUGUUCGGAAACGACCUCUCCUCCACCGCCGCUCGUCUCCCCCCCAGAAACAAACUCCCGCUCCCCUUCAAUCCUCUGCACCUCAAUCAAUCCUCUGCCUCUUCUCCCUUCCGAUUCAAUAAAACUCCCAGUAAGGAUGCACUCCUCGCUCUCGGGCCUAAGGUCAGACACAGAUAA